UUGUGGUGUGCAGGUUUCUUGUCUGAUAGGCACUUUCUCUUCCUAGUAAUAGUUCGUAGGACGCUGAGAGCAGCUGCUAGAGAUGGAUGAGGACGGCUUACCCCUCGUAGGCUCCGGCAUCGAUCUGACUAAGGUUCCAGCCAUACAGCAGAAAAGAACCGUGGCCUUUCUAAACCAGUUUGUGGUUCACACGGUUCAGUUUCUCAACAGAUUUUCUACAGUUUGUGAAGAGAAAUUGUUGGCUCUCUCUCUCCGAAUUCAGCAAAUUGAAACAAUGCUCAACAUUCUAGAUGCAAAGUUGUCUUCUAUACCGGGGCUAGAAGAUGUCAAGUGUGAAGUCGUGAACACCGGUGUCAACAGUGUUAUGAAUGGCCCCAUCUCACAAGCCUCAACAGAUCCACAGUCAACAAAUGUUUCUCCUCAGUCAGAGCAGGGCAGUGUGCAUGAGGCAGGGCAGCUGAAGUCAGAAGACACAGCGGAGAACGUCACAACUGUAGCAAAGGAUCCACGCUACGCCAGAUAUCUCAAAAUGGUUCAAGUGGGCGUCCCUGUAAUGGCAAUAAGAAACAAAAUGAUUUCUGAAGGAUUAAACCCUGAUCUUCUUGAGACACCAGAUGCCGCAGUGCCUGCAUGGGGAGGCGAGGCGAACGCAGAAGAAAGUUCUGACAGCGAAUCCUCGUUUAGUGAUUAAGUGCUUAUUAUUGUUUCUUUUGAAAACUCCAUGCAAACUCUCUGUUAAGUGCUAAUAUACAUAACUUAACCUGAAAGAUUCCUCAUAGUUUGAGCCAUAUGAAGUAUUGCUUAAGAAACAGUUACUUUGCACUGGGAUCUUCAUGUUUGUCUUCCGCAGAGUUUUGAAUGAAAGCCCAGCCCAAACCAGAAGUGAGAUAGUCGUGGCGGCACUCUUCCUAAUGAUGCUGUGGCCUUGACUUCAGUCACCAUCCUAAAGAGGUUCAGAGUCAAACUUGGCAGGGGUGAAGCCUUGCAUUCCUUAAGGAAUGACAUUCUCUGAAGUUUCUUUGGACUUAACUUUAGGAAGGGAAUCUUUCCCAACAGCUGUCUACUAUAUUCUCAUCCAUGAUUCCUCUAAAUGAUAAAUGGUUCCCUAUGCUGCAUUUUUUCUAUCAGUAUUGAAUGAGAGUUCACAAUCUAAUGACAUUAUGGUAGAAAUAACGAAUACUUUAUUUGAUCCAAUGAUCUAAGAGUUGGGGGUGCAAAAGGGACAGCUCAAGGAGAGGGGAUAAUAUUUGUUCUUUGAAAUGAGUGAAUGGUAGCAAGCUAUUACAUAUUGCUUCUGGAGUGCCACCAUGUUUUGCUGGAGAUGGAUGGCUCUCAGCACUGUGCCGGGUGGCCCAGCACCAGGCCAGGUGCCCCUACAAAUGUGCAGCGCACUAGGGAUGAGAGUAGGGCUGCCAAGC